AUGUCGGACGGGCUACUUAACGCCUCGACCAAGACAGUUUGCAUCGAGCCGCCGGCAGACUUUGAAUCGACUGAUACCGGCUACUGCAUUGAGGCGGCAGACGGCAACCCGAUGUCGUCGGAUGCAUCACCCGCAGAAGCCGCCCGCGCCUCGGCAUGUUCAGCAUUGAACUGUAUCUCCGGAACACCGGACCGGCGAAAUCACCGCGACUUGCCAACACGAUUUUGCAGGUUGAUCCAUUUCUUAGCUAGUCGAAAACUCGGUGCAUCGCCAUCGAUUCGGCUGAUGGUGAGAAAAAUAUCGACUUCACACGAUGUAUUCUGUACGGAAAACGCAAAGAUAUUCGACACAAUCAUAAUAUAA